AUGGCAGGAUCAGGACUUUUAAGAUGCACCUUCCUGGUGCUGCUGAUCGCCGGACACAGCGUGUGGGCAUCCGCCCCUGCCGACGAUGUUGACGAGAAGGACGUGGUAGUGCUGACCACCAAAAACUUCGAGACUGAGCUGGCCAAGGAGAAGUUCGCACUGGUGGAUGCCACCGAGGAGGGCGACCUUGCAAACCAGUUUGAUGUCAAGGGGUACCCAACCCUUAAGUGGUUUGUGAACGGCAAGGAGGCCAGCGACUUUGGUGGCGGCCGGACCAAGGAUGACAUCGUGCGGUGGAUUGCCAAGAAGACUGGCCCCGCCACGAGUGACGUCACGGCAGUGGACGCGGCAGAGAAGCUGUCGGAGAAGCCGGGCGCCACGGUCUUGGCCUACCUGUCUGAGCUGUCGGGCGCAGACUUUGAAUCCUACACGGAGUUGGCCGCUUCCAAGGAUGACACCGAAUUCUUCACCACCACCUCCAAGGACGUCGCCGCCAAGCUGGGCCUGACCGCCACAGGCUCUGUGGCGGUGAUCCGCAACUACGAGGGCUUUGACCCCGAGACCGUCACCAGCGCCGGCGACUCGACCUUUGAGGGUGCCAAGGGCAGCUUCGGCGAGCGCGCCGCCGCCUUCCUCCUGGCUCAGCGCCUCCCCGCCUACAUGGAGUUCAGCCAGGCCAACGCCAACGCCAUCUUCGGCUCUGGCGUGGACAAGCACGUGAUCGUGGCUGGGCCCGAGGAGGCCUUCGCGCCAGGCAAGGAGCUCGACACCCUGCUCCGCGCCGCGUCGGCCAAGACGCGCGGCCAGGUCGUCCUGGUCAUCGCCAAGCUGGGCACCGAGACCGCCAAGCCCAUCCUGGACUUUUUCGGGCUGGACGCUGCCGCCAGCACCGCUCAGGUGGUCGGCUUCGACUCCAAGUCCAACAAGAAGUUCAAGUUCCCAGGCGAGGGUGAGGUCACCGCCGACGCCCUGGCCGCCUUUGCGGUUGCCCUGAACGACGGCUCCGCCCAGGCCCUCCUCAAGUCGGCCCCUGUGCCAGAGGAGCCCACCGAGGACGGCGUGACUGUGGUGGUCGGAAGCACCGUGGACAGCAUCGUGAAGAGCGAGGACCACGAUGUCCUACUGGAGUCCCUGGCCCCCAUCUACGAGAAGCUGGCCAAGCGCUUUGCCAGCGUGGACAGCGUGGUCAUUGCCAAGAUGGACGGCACCGCCAACGAGCACCCCGACAUCGAUGCCAAGGUGCUCGGUGAAGGCUUCCCCACGCUGCUCUUCUUCCCGGCGGGCAAGGCCCAGGAGGCCAUCCCCUACACCGACGAGCGUACGCUCAAGGCCUUCACCAAGUUCCUGAAGGCAAACGCGAAGAAGAAGUUCACGCUGCCCAAGAAGGGCAAGAAGGGCAAGAAGGAGGAGGCUGCAGCGCUCUGGAGUCGAGGCAACAUGGGUCGGCACUCGCAGGCCUACCUCCUCACGUACUGCGGGAUAUCCUUCAUGGGCUGGAGCUAUGCCCUGGUCAGCAUUAUUGCAUCUCUUGUCGUCAAUCGAAAUGUGGAACCCCCCUCUGAGGACACAUCAGCCUUCGUUGAGACGUUCCAGUUGCUGGGCCUGUUGGAUGUGCUGAACGCGGCCGUGGGGCUAGUCGCCAGUGCACCCCUCACAGCCUUCCUCCAAUGGGCCGGACGCUCCAAUGUUCUGUUCGGUGUGCUGCCCCUGGCUCCCCCAGAGGUUUCCAAGUCCCCCAUGGUCACUGUGCUCUUUGCUGUAUGGGCCCUGGCCGACAUCAUCCGAUUUGCCUACUACGCCUCUGUCAUCAUGGGAAAGUAUUCUGCCUUCAUCCCCCUGUACCCCAUCGGUGUCGCGGCUGAGAUGAAGAUCGUGUGGGACUCCAUCCCCCUCAUCUCCAAGUCCAAGGCGUACAGCGUACAGGUCCCGGGGGGCCACACCAUCAGCUACGCCCACUUCCUCUGGGUGCUCCUCCUCAUCUACAUUCCAAUUUUCUGGAGGCUGUACAGUUUCUUGCUGCGACAGCGCAAGAAGAAGCUCGCUGGCAGCUUGAAGAAGAAAGAUGCCUGA